AAGAACUCUUCCAAAGUAUAAGAAAACCAGAUCUCCUCAGUCCCCUUGCUGGAUCCUCAACUGCCAUACUUCUCAGCACCCCUUCCUAACAAGCAGUUCUUCUAUUACCACAAAAAAUACAUACACAGUAGUAGAACCCAUGGUCCCCUGAGCUUCUCAGUUGUUUCUCCUAUUACCUGAUACUGGCUCCUCCCAACCUUGUCGCACAGACUUCAUCGAGCCCUUCCAAACAAACACCACCUGUCUUCUUCUCACCUCACAAGCCAACUGUCAAUAUCAUGCCCAACAGUCGACGCCAAUCAGCCAUCGAAUCCCAACCGAAUCCCAGCUCGAACCCAUCCAAAACCACCCCCUCCAGCACAGCCCACCAGCCAACAGCUGCCGGUGCUCGGUUGGAAUCAAGCAUUAAUAGGAAGUUCCAUGCCCUAGGAACCCCAACCAACGCGACCAACGCGAGCACUCCUUCAAGAAAUUCAAUAUCCCGAGCAGCACUCGCAUCCGAACCACGCAGUUUACCCAAGCAUACUAAUCACAACCAUGUCAAUAACGAUACCGCAACUACUCAGUCUGAAGCUACCAUUGGAAAUCAUAACAAACCAUCCAGUCUCACUGGAUCCAAGAAACAGAACAGUAGAGCUGCAGCCGGUCUUGGCUUACCUUCAUCAACCACCGGCACCAUACCAGCCAAACGCAAUCUAACCACGUCGGAUAUCCCCUCAAGUACCAGCAAUAAUAAUAAGAAAAACAAACAGGACGCUGGGGCUCAAUCGAAGAAUGAGAAGAACCUCACACUUUCAGUCGAUACCUUAAGAUGCCAUCAAUGUCGCGCCGAAGUCCCGCUGGAAAAUGUGAUCAUGUGUUCAAAUGAGAAUUGUGCUCGCACCAUCCCUCGCAAAAGAAGGAGCGAAUCGGGCCUGAAUCCUUCGGCCAAGUCUCCUUCUACUUCCUUGCAGGCCCCUUGUCGGAUCAGCUUUUGUGGAAGAUGUCUUUCAGCAAGAUAUGGGGAAGAUUUGAAAAAAGUACGGCCCACGGUGAAUGCCUUAUACGAAUGGGACUGUCCCGUAUGUCAAGAUUACUGCAACUGCUCGAUUUGUCGCAAGAAGAAAGGACUACCACCCACUGGGAAAUUGGCUAAGGUUGCUACCCAAGCUGGCUUUUCUUCGGCGCGUGAAUUACUCGCAGCAAACCCAAAUGCUCAGGGACCAGACAUUUUGAAUCAGGAAGCGAAGAAGAAACAGUCGUCCAGCUCGACGGCAACCAGCCAAGUGAAACCCAAACCAGACGGGACGAACAAGAAACUAAUGAAGCUAAAGACCCCGGGAAGCUUGACCCCAAAAUCCAAGAAACCCAUGGCGACGACGACCAACAAGCUGAUGACGAAGAAAACAAAUCACAAGAAGAAGAUGAGCAGUCAAGAUCCCAAGCAUCUCGAGGUCGUCAAGAAGCUGAAGAAACAACAACAGCUUGGGAAAUCUAAACCCAAGAAAUCCGAUCCAUCCUCCUCCUCCGCCUCCUGCAAUAAACAAGCCUCCGCGUCAUCUAAACAAGCUCCUUCCGCGCCCCUGGUCAAUGGGAACAACAAAGUCACUGAUCCACCGGCUGGAGCAGAAGUGAUCGCCAAAGCACCCGGAAGACGAGCCCCACAUGUCGUCCAAGCCCCGGUUUCAUAUUCAUGCAUCCCGACCGGAAUUCUCAGCUCAGCACAAAUCCUGAAACGCUUACAUGUGCGCGAAUUUAUCUGCAGAUUCAAGGAUUUGAUCCCCGGAUUGGGGGCCACAGAGGCCAAGAAUUCGAGGACCGAAAGCCAGAGGGCCGAGAAGAUCAUAGACUCGAUGGACGAUCUGGUGAACUUUUGGAUCGAUGAUGAGGGCGGCAUGCGGGCUAUCAUGAACGGCUUAACUCGUCUCAUCGAGGCUGACUUCAAUCUCGUCGAUCAGUCGACUGGCGACCGUCCUUCUUCUUCUUCUCCCAUCUUGAAAUCGGCUGCUAGUCCCGCUCUCCUCGCUCAACUUAAACGCGAAUGUAAAAACUCUAGCACCCCGAUUCCUUAUCAUCAAAACUCGGUUCCUUGUUGGAACACUGCGAUAAAUCUGUUGAAGGAAGAAGGAUUAGAAUCGACAUUCGAGAAAGAUACCCAAGAUCCGUACAUCUCGUCCGUCGAUGGCUCUCCUACUAAUGAGCAUUCCGGCGAUGAACGACUGCAGAGAGUCAAAUUCCCUCCGGUCAAGAAACUGGCUAUCAUUACCGCGUUGAUCGAUAUCGCGUUGAGAGGUCAUACACUCUGUGAAGAUCUCAUCCAGGGUUUAGAAAGAGAAAAGCAAGCGAAAUCGGAUAUUCUGAAAGAGCGAGUGAAGUCGAACAAGAAAUGGACCGAAACCAAAGCCCAGAAGAUGUCGACGAUGCCGUCGAAGAAGUCAUUAUUGGUGACCUCAGAGGACGGCCAGAUGAUCCAGAAGCCUAGUAAAACGUUGGUGGAUCAGGAGGCUGCUCGGGUCCAGGCGCUUGCCGAAUGGGAAGCCGAUAUGAAUCAAGCGGAAUGCGCGCACAAGGACGAGAUCCGCAAGUCAUUUAUUGAUCAAUACAAAGUCGAAUCCCUGAACCGACUAAGGUUCCAAUCGAUUGGCCAAGACUCGCGGAAGAAUACAUAUUACAUCCUCAGCAGCACGCCGGGGGUGUUGUAUCCGAACGACCCGAUCGAACUGGCGUAUUCCUGGAGUUACAGCUUGAUCAUCCACGGCUCCGAGCCCACGAAUUUGAAGAAGAAGAAAAGCCAGGCAUCAAAGAAAACGAACCAGAGUGCCACCACUGCUACCACGUCGUCGGCAACUGAUUCAUCCAUGGUUGCCGGCAAGGCUGAGCAACAUGAAGAGACUCAGAUCGAUAUGUUGGAGGGCGGUCAACGGGCUCCUAACGAUCAAUGGAUUCGGAUCUCCGAGCCUAAAGAGAUCCGUCAAUUAGCCUCGUGGAUCGAAUACGAAGCCAAACUAAUCGACUUCAAAAACUCCAUCAAUUCCUCCUCCUCUUCUUCUUCUUUGAGUGGGCCCAACAAAAAGACACCCAAUUCGAACACCGCCAAGCAACAGACCCUGGCUUCUCUUCAUCCACUCGCCGAUACGUCCCCGUCUUCGCUGCAUCCAUCCGCUAUUGAUACCUGCUCAAAAAGCGUCGCUAAUCUCGUCGAGCUCGUCAAUCGCUUCUCGGAAUUCUUGGACUUGAAAAUUAGUCAACAUCGAGAAUCUACUCAUAAUGAUCGGAGAGGCCUUAAGUCUCGAAAUCACUCUUAGACUUUGUUGUUGUUUUGUUUGUCUAUGUCUUGUAGAUUUGGUUUCUUUUUUUUUUUCUCUCUCUUUUUUCUCUCUAUGUUCCUUUUUGUAAUCACUUGCUAAAAAAACAGUAAAACAUUUUUUUAAAGAUGUUGUGUGCUUGUCUUCUAUAUAUUUCUAUACUCCUUAGAGAUCUAAAUAAUUCGAGUAAAUAAGUAGAUUCUCUAUAAUCUGAUUAUGUUUACCCAAUUCCUUCUUCCAAGUCAGCUUAGAUGAUUCACUUGUAGCUGAUUUCUUCUGCUUAAAAUUGUUCUCUAGGCUACUUGUCAUGAAUGAGAGCCCAAAUUAGAAACCAUGCACCUUUACAAAACCAGCACGACGAGCUAACCUGUUGAAGAUCACAAAUAGCCACAAUUGAUCCUUUCACUAAGAAAACACUUCAUUUGCUUCUCAUUCUAAACUCUUCACUGUAGUCUAUGCCAGACAUUUCUUUUGUUUACCAGUACGUUGUAAAUGGCCCAUAGCAACCAAGCACCCCUCCGUCCCAAAGACUUGCCGCAAAAGGAGUUUAAUUCAGAGCUGGCAUCUGUCCAGCCAGUGCUCAGACAAGGCCAGACCCAAUGACACCAAUUAGUGCGCAUACACAGUGACU